GACAGGCAUCUUUCUUUUGUAAACAUUGAGAACCAUUUAAUUGAUUUCUGGAAAUGUAAACCUGAGGAGAAUGUAGCAUAAAAGUGUGAGAAUUGUAAUUUUAAUAUUUGGUCUUUGCAUUAUUUGUGUAUCACGGCUAAUUGUGUGUUUCUCUUAGUUUCUCUCUAUUUCGAAUUCAGUGAAAAUGUUCUCAAACUACUUGACCGACAUUUAUCUACAAUAAUACGCAAUUGCCUACAAUAAUAUUCUAAAAUGUAUCCAUCGAUGGAAAAUUUCUUAAUGCAAUCGAAGCAGAAGCUUUACAGGGGCGAAGAAUUUGAAGACGAGCUGAAUGACUUAUUUAAUAAAAAGUUUAAAUUCCGCUAUAACAGUGAGUGGACAUUGCCGUCUGGCGAUACUUGGUUUACUGACGCACCUUGGAAAGUAAAGGGCUUGGAAUAUUUAAAAAGUCGUUUAAAUUUCCAUAAGAGUCAACUCAAUGACUUUAGCAUUGAGGAAUGGAGUAGUCACACUCGGCGACGCAACCCCGCUGGCGAAGUAUGCUGGAAGCUCAGAUGCCUGGUGAACCCCGAAUUCCUCACGCAGGCCUGGACUAAGUUCUACGAGUGUGCUUCAACAUACAACAUUGUGCCACCAGAGGCAAUUUCUGAUAUGAAAAUGGUGUCUUUGCAUCUGUGUGAAGCUCCUGGUGCAUUUAUCACUUCCUUAAACCAUUACUUAAAGCUGCAUCACCAGGCUCUUGAUUGGAAAUGGGUUGCAAACACUCUCAAUCCGUACUAUGAAGGCAACUCGUCAUCGAACAUGAUCAGUGAUGACUGUUUCAUGUUCCACACUCUCAACAACUGGGACUUUGGUGUUGACAACACUGGCAAUCUGAUGGAUUGGGAAAAUUCACAAGCCAUUAUCAAGAAAGCCAAGUCUUUAGGCAAAGUGCUGCUUGUAACAGCGGAUGGAUCAAUUGAUUGUCUCCAGAAGCCAGAUGCUCAAGAAGAAGUCACUUCACCACUCCAUUACUGUGAAAUUAUAACAGCAUUACAAGCGUUAAGCCCAGGUGGAACGUUAAUCUUCAAAUUGUUUACUAUUUUUGAACAUUCCACAGUUAACCUUCUGUAUCUUCUCAAUCAGUUGUUCAAAGAAGUAAAUAUAUAUAAGCCAAUAACUUCUCGUCAAGGAAAUUCUGAGGUAUAUGCUAUCUGUUUGCAAUACAAGGGUAUAGAUCUAAAAUCUUACAUACCAAUAUUUCAGACUGCAUUUGGAACAGAAUUCUUUUCAAAUAAAUCAUUGUUCCCACUUGAGAAAAUAUUCUGCUCCAUUCAAUGCCAUGUUAUAAACAAUAACCUACAAGCAUAUCUCAUGCAAAAGAACAUAGCUCUACACAGGGAUAUGAAAAAGAUCAGGGCUAUUGUAGCAUCGGAAUUCAUUUGGAAGUACAAUCUCAAACCGAUUAGUAUUAAUCAGGAACUUUUAAAGGGCACACUUCAUGAGGAAAAUAAAAUAAAUACAAAUCCUCGAUACCAUCGCGGCUCAUAUACUGAACGCCAACUGUACACAAAGAUGUUGUUGAAAGAAAAACAUAAGAAUUUAAAUAUGUUCCUUCAAGCUGAGAUGCUCUCUAACCCAAUGAUACAUAUCACAGAACCAGUUAAAUGGAUGAUUGGAGAAGGCUCCUCAAAGAUAGAUAUCAUUUUUACAUAUGGAAAACCUUUGCAAAAAGUAAACAGUUCAAAGUUCAUAUUUGUCCCAAUCUACAAACUUUACCAGCAGAUACUUGCUGAGGAGGAGUUCAAAGAGAUCAUUCUCUAUAGACCGGCUAAACCAAAGAUUGAUCCUAGUCUUUUAGGACCUGAGCCAUCUAAAAUCAUUUCACUACCUGAGUUCCAAUACAGAGAGAGUUACAAUGUUUAUGAGAAAAAUUGUUUUAAAGCUUUACUGAAUGGAAUGAAGGAGUUAUUAGAUGGAGAAUCAAUUUUGUUGCAGAAUUUCAACACAUUGACACAUUUUAAUGUUAGUAUUCUCUAUAUUUUGUCAAAGGCAUGUUUUGAAAAAACCGGCCUCACUUCUUGCGGAAGUAUAAUUCUGAGCAAAUUGAUUAACAAAAAUUGUUUAAAGUACAUGGAACUUAUUGAUGAUGAAUGCAAUAAUGUUCGUAAGGACGAGAAGAAAGAUGUGUUGAAUUGUCUCCCGGUCCAGGUGACCAACGCGGAGGAUUUCUUCAGUAACAUAGUCUUCUACAAUAACACUUUCUAUAGAAAUAAAUGCAUCGAAUACUUGGAGAAGAUUAAACAAUCUUUAUAAAUGUAUAAAUAUUUCUUGUAUUGUGUAUUCAAUGUAGUAUUUGAGAGUAUUUUUUUAAUUGCUUUUAUUCUUAUAAAAAUACCUGUUAUUGAUGUCUUCUAACAAUGUGUAUU